UUUCACUGGACUCGAUGCCCGGUCCACAAAUGACACUUUUUAGAGCCAGUGUGCGGUGUGUUUUUCUCAUUUUAAUGCACCCUUUAAAAAAUCUGUGAUGUCAGACUGUGAUUCUUCCUGCCAUCAGAAUAAUAGCAAGAAUAACCACCUCUGUGAAGGAUGUGAGGGUUCAGAGGAUGGAGGCAGAAGGCUGAAGAGGAGAGAGAAGAACAGAGUCGCAGCCCAGAAAAGCCGGAAGAGACAAACACAGAGAGCUGACCUUUUGCAUGAGGCCUGUGAGCUGUUGGAGCAGAGGAACAGAGAGCUGAGGAGAGAGGUGUCUACAAUAUGCAUUGUGGAUUCUCUGUUUGAGGAGCAGCGCCUGCUGACGGAGGCUCUCAGGGCCCAUGAGCCCUUCUGUCCCAUCAUGCACUGCUCCUUUGCCUCCUCCACCUCGUCCAGCCUGCAGCCUGACACCAUGGCAGCCCGCUCUGUCUGAGGCAAGCAAUAAUGUUUCAGACCACAGUGAUCAGUGCGGCUUGUUGUCUAGUUACCCGUUGUGUAAUGCACCAGGAAAGCCCUCGAGGGCGCUGUUCACCAUAAUCAGCGAGAAAGUGGUGAUUCAACAGGUGCUGCUGAACUCUAGUGGCAACACGUAGAAUCACAGUGAAGGGUGUCUCUGGUAGUUAAAUCUUUUAUGCAGAAGCUCAUGUCUGUAAUGUAAAUACAAUGGAUUUUACCACACUGUACAUUUCCUUCCCAUUACUGAUACACAUGGUUUGACUCCUCUUUAAGCUUGGAAGUGAAGGAAAUUAAACAUUAAGUUCAAAUUGUUGGACGCCAUUCUUGAGUUGCAGAAUGAAUUCUUCCAUUAGCCCAUUUAUUCCAAGUUUUUCUCUGUUACACGAGUGCAUGACUUUGAUUCUAGUCACAACUGUUUCAAAGAACCAAAUACAUAUUUUCCUAAAAAUAAAAGGAAAGUCAUACAAUUUGUAUGAUGUUUUAAUCUGAGGAGUAAAAUCUUUUGCAAUGUGUUCAGUUAGACACAAUUGAAAUAAUGAAAUCAUCACAAUCACUUUAUAGUCAUUUUUAGUAUUAUUAAUUAUGUGUUAGUUUAUAUGACUGAGAUAUUGAGGUAGUAUACUAACAAACGAAUAAAUAAAACAAUAAAACCAAAAA